AUGGGCUCAUCAGCAUCUAAAGCUGCAAAAUCAGCAGCAGGACAAAGUGGCAGAAAGCUUCCACCACAAGUGUCACCUUCGUUCCCGAGGACUGGUGCUCCAUCAUCACAAGUAAAUCCGCCUACUCCAGGACCCCAACAGUAUGCCGGACCAACCGUGCAACCGUCGUCCAACGCGAGUACAUCAAAGACAGAUGGUAUGACGGUCGAAAUAUUACAAUCAGCAUAUAUCAACCGAGAUGCCUCAGAUCCCGCCUACCUCUCACAGCUUCAUGCGCUCGGAACCGUAGCCCCAAACCCUUUCCUCCCGCUCACACACCAAAAUCCAUCCGAUCCACAACUAGCAAAGAGCCAAGCUGCAUCAUCACAGCGGUCUCCCGCGAACCACGCCGCUACCAUGUUGACCGCCAGGCGGCGUUUCCAAGAAGCAUCGGCACGAGAGGAGGCAGAAGUUGGCCGGCCCAGCUUCGCGGGCCGAGAGUUCCUUGAUGUGUUGACUGUACAAAAGGCAUUAGCUAUGCGGAACAAGGGUGUCUCGGAUGGCGAGAUUGAACGUCAACUAAAGUUGAAGAAGGGUGUUGCGGGCAAGGUUGGCAAUGGGCAUUUCGCGGCACUGGAAAUGGAGAAUUGA